AUGGAGGUUGAGUAUUUCACGGAUUCUUUUGGUGAGCUCUCUGGGGGACAUUCUAGCCCAAAAACUCCCAGGUCAGCUUCGGUGAGCAAUGCAGACAGUACGACUUUCUGUUGUGACAAUACAAGUACACCGGAUGUUGACAAAAGUGCGGGAAAGAAGAGAAGGGGUUCAAGAUAUACAGCUGGAGGUCUACGUCAGUUCAGUGCCAUAGUUUGUAGCAAGUUGAAGAGCAAGGGAAGAGCAACAUAUGAUGAGGUUGCAAAUGAGAUCAUUGCAGAGUUACCUGGAAUUUAUGGUCAAACAGAAGCUUUGAGUGAGUAUGAUAUGAAAAACAUACGACGACGGGUAUAUGAUGCACUAAAUGUUCUUAUGGCAAUGGAUAUUAUCACCAAAGAGAAAAAACAAAUCUGGUGGAAGGGACUUCGAGAUACAAAUGCUAUUGAUCGGGAAGGUAUUAAGGCUCAGCGUGUUAAAUUGAUGGGUAGGAUUAAUGCAAAGGAGGCUUACUUGAAAGACUUGGAAGAACAAAUGGCAGAUCUCCAGAAUUUGAUGUUGCGUAAUAAGCAGUUGCUCAAGAGUGGGAACAGCAGCCACAAAGGAUUUUCUUUUCCAUUUAUACUAGCUCAGACAAGCAAUAAUGCUACGGUUGAGAUUGAGAUUUCUGAAGACAUGCAGUUGGUGCACUGCGACUUCAAUAGUACUCCUUUCUCCUUGCACGAUGAUACUUCCAUUCUAAAGAUGUUGCGGUGCCGCCAAUUGCCAGAAAGUAGAAAUGUGUCUCAAAGUUCUUCAGUUUACUCUUCUUCAAGCUCUGGCAUGGCUUCUACCAGACCCUUCCUUUGGAACUCGGAAACACAAACUCCAAAAUGAUGAACAGAUUCUGAUCGAGAUGUA